AUGAAAGCUUUCGACAACUUGUCACCAGAAAAUAUGGAAAAGAUAUCUGGGAGAAGAUUGUGUACACAUAUGGCAAAAUUUGAAUUGGGAACAGAAAGUGAAAUCGCUCAUUAUUAUAAUGAUGAUGAAACUCUUCGUUUGGUCAACUCAAUGGCAAAUGUCAUUGGAAUUCCAAUUGAAGAAAUCUGGGAAGCUUACGGAGGUUUCUUGAUUCAAUUCACAAUGGAAACUGGAUGGGAUGAGUUGUUGAGAGCAAUGGCUCCUGAUUUGGAGGGUUUCUUGGAUUCAUUGGAUUCUCUUCACUACUUCAUCGACCACGUCGUCUACAAAACUAAACUUCGUGGUCCGUCAUUCAGAUGUGAUGUUCAGGCGGACGGAACUCUUCUUCUUCAUUACUACUCAAAACGUAGCGGCCUUUAUCCAAUUGUCAAGGGCGUCGUCCGUGAAGUAGCUCGUCGUAUUUAUGAUACAGAAGUGGUGAUGAAAGUUCAGGAGAGAAAACAAGAGCAUUUGGAUGCAUUCGUCACUGAACACGUCGUUUUCGUGAUCACUCAAAUCGAGAAUCCAAACAGUGUUCAACAGAAAUCAAUCUCAUCGAAAGCUGACUCGCAAAUUGAUUUAUCAACGGUAUUAUUCAUUCGUCGGAGGUUGACUGCACUCAGAUUAAUCCCUCCUUCUCAGAAGAAAUCUCAUUUGGAAAUAGAAGAAGAACCAAAAGAAGGAAUCUACGAGAUCUCUUCAACUGAUUUUGGUCUUGCCUUUCCUUAUCAUAUCUGUUUUGAUCCGGAUCUUUUCUUGGAACAUUUUGGAAAUUUUAUCAAGAAAACGUAUCCAAACGCGACUCGUCAAGAGACUCGAGUCACUGAUCUUCUUGAAUUGGUUCAUCCAGAAGUACCAUUCUCUUAUGAGUCGAUCAAAUAUUAUAAGAAUUCACUUUUCGUCUUCAGAUUGAAAGGACUUGGAGACAUCGUCCACAAUCCAUCAGAUGAAGCAAAGACAGUUCUUCUGAAAGGUUCAAUGGUAUUCAUUGAUGAAGGAAAGUAUAUUCUCUACAUGUGCUCUGUUAAUGUGACUACGGUCCGUGAGUUAAUCGAACGUAACCUCCAUCUUUCCGAUAUGCAACGUCACGACGGAACUCGUGACGUCAUCAUGUUGAAUCAGAGUCGUAUGAGUCAAGUUGAAUUGAAUCGAACACUUGAAGAAACUACCAAAAAGCUCAAAAAAAUGGCACAAGAAUUGGAAAUUGAGAAACAAAAAACUGAUGAACUUCUUUGUGAACUCAUGCCCGCCUCGGUUGCUGACAGUCUUCGAAGUGGAAAGACAAUGGAUGCUAGUCAGUUCAUUGAUUGA